GUGUCUAUUUGAUUCUAUCUAUCGGGAUUGUGUGUGUUUACCGAUCAUCGAUAAUUCCUUUCAAGACUUCAAUUUCAACGAAACGGACGGAGAGUGAAAGAAAGGAGAAGAGCACAUUGUUAUCCAAAUUGACAUGGAUCGAUUAUCAAGAAUGAUCCUAAGAAAGAUCAUUAUAGAUUUUGUGUGCCUAUUCAUCGUGAGCAUGGCCGUGCUGAUGUUUUUCCUCUUCGGUAAACCGUACAAACGUGGAUUCUUCUGCAACGACGAGUCGUUAUAUCACCCGUUCCACUCGUCGACGGUAACCAGUGCAAUGCUUUACGUCGUUGGCCUUUUCCUUCCUAUAUGCACGAUGAUAGCAGGUGAAUAUCUUCACGCGAAAUACUGCAAAGCAGAAUCGUCGAAGAUACUAUUUGGCUACAAUAUUCCUCCUUGGAUGUGGAAUGCAUAUGAGAAGGUCGGAAUUUUCGGUUUCGGAGCGGCAACCACCGUUUUAAUUACCGAUAUCGGAAAGUACACAAUCGGCCGUCUGAGACCCCAUUUUAUGACUCUUUGCGUACCUAACAUUAAUUGCAGCUUGGCGGAGAAUCAACACAGAUACAUCGAGAAUUAUUCCUGCACCGAAAAUAUUUCGCCGAAAUUCCUAAAGGAGAUCAGAUUAUCCUUUCCCUCGGGACACUCGUCGUUCUCGGCCUACACGAUGAUCUACCUUGCGCUCUACUUACAAUUAAGGAUGACAUGGAAAGGUAGCAAAUUAUUGAAACACUUCCUGCAACUGCUGUGCCUACUUAUGGCCUGGUUUACAGCAUUAUCUAGAGUUUCUGAUUAUAAGCAUCAUUGGAGCGACGUUUUGGCCGGCACGACCCUUGGUACUAUCGUGGCACUAGUCGUGGCGAACUGCGUGGCAGACCUGUUGAAAGAGCGGAGCCAUUGUUUAAUGGAAGAGAAGCACCGAGCGGCCGAUUACGAAACAGGGGGCGGUACACAGGACAAGCGGUCAGCUAUUACUUCGAUCACAGACGUAAAUAAGGGAUUUACAAUACGCAACGCAAUAACAUUGAUUAAAAAACAAUUAUGACACGUAUACCUCACGAUCGUGUUAUUCUGUAUAAGUUAAGCCGUACGAUAAAUCAUGAAAAGACCUUGAAAUACAAUGAAAAAAAUUGUAAAAACAGUAAUACUACGUAAUACGUAAA